CAGGAUGGUUGUGUCCUGUUCUUUGAGUACGAUCCCGCGGCGCCUUCACACGCUUUGCGCUCGAGUGGUCGCUCCAUGUCUGUUCUUGCUAACACGUGCGACACCGUCGCUGUUGUGUCCAUGUGCUCUGCCGCUUCAGCUUCUCGGCUGGGCACGUCCUCUUCAUCGAUGUUUGACAGCGGCGGCGUGCAUGCUCUGCAGCAAUCGACAUCAAGCGCGCCUAUCUUGCUUGUGAUCUCGUUAGCCUCCGGUGCUGUGGUACAUGGAAAAUUCAACCCACCGGCUCUCCCAGGAAAUUAUCCUAGUCUUCAGAUUUACGGAGAUAUUGACUCCGAUCGACGUAGAGCCCGAUCUACUUUUGUAAUAUCCGUUUCGGCGUACGACGAUUAUAGCGACUCGAACAUGGCAUCUUCUACCUCAUCACCAUCAUUUGGACCAGGCUCGACAGUGAACAGAAUGAGCAUAGGACGAUCUUCAAGUUCUUCAACAGGCGCAACGUCCACCUUCGGCAAGGUGGCAUUGACGAGCAGCAAUGGGAGCGUUGCCCUGUAUCGAUGCGAGGCGAACAAAAUGCAUCUUCAGCCGCGUAAGCCUACUAGUCCACCCUCUGCCGUUCUGCGAGAUGACGCCCGCCCGAAAUUUACUUUGCAAUACGACUUUUCGACGCGCGUGGCUGGUACAAGGAAGUCUUUACUGGUUCUGUCCGAAUCAGGACCGGCUCGCAUGUUGCUCGGCGGCUCUGAUGGGGUCACUUUUUACGAUUUUCCAACGGAUGACGGGAAGCUCUCUGUAUCUUCGUUUCUCUCCGUUGUUACAGCGACACCAGCCGAGAAGAAUAGAGAACUGCUUUCUCCAGGAACACUAGACACCUCCUCGUCGCCUUCGAGACUUCCAGAGCUACGUGGAUCGCGGGUCAUGCAGUCUUCACAGCUGUCUCGUGCAGGUUCAUCAUCAAUCCAGGGAAAUUAUUCUUUUCGAACGGAGCAACAGCAGCAGCAGGGGCCCACGUUCGCCAACUCCAUGAUGAAUAACUUCAAUUUUUAUUCGGAGUCUCCGUCCAGGUCCACGAGCAGCAGAAAUCUUCGCGACGAUGCCGUCAAUUAUUCAGAAACCUCUCAUCAACUAUCUUCGUUUUCAACUACCACGCCUGAAGAUUUAUUAGCGCGUGGAGACGCAGACGACGCACCUUCUGCUAAUAAAGGAAGUAGAAUCCCAAUGCCUUUUGCCAUGCCUGGCGCGCUAUCAACCACGCCUGACGAGCGCCGUUUCCGACCAGCGCGAAUUGGCGGCAGAAGCAUGCGCGGUUCGGGGCCCUGCUGUGGGGACAGCUCCGAAGACGACGACGGUGCCCUCGCCGGCUGGGACACCUGAAGCCGUCGUUUGACGUCGCUAGCUUCUUUUCAUGACGCCUUUUCGUUUUCUGCAGGAUAUAGUGACUCGAGCACUCCAUACGGAUAUGCCACAACUCACAAGUGUGGUCUCUAAACAGCUGCUCAAUUGAUGUCCGCGUUCGGUUGUACUUGUACUUGUGCUUCUUGUACGGUUCUUCUUGUUUCUUCCUCUUCGGCUAGAAGUUUAUUCGUAAUCGUAAGUAGCCAUUUUGGCUCAAGGAUCUUGUUAAGAUUUUCCCCUGUCUCAGAGGUGUGCCGCAAAUCUAGAUUGGCUUCUUCCUUUUCAUAAGGUUGGGGCUUAGUUCCAGCGGCGCUCAAAGCACUAAACUAAAACAGCUGGUUAGUUUUUACCUCUAUAGGCUUAGCCCUUCAAACCGUAUAGAUUGUCUGCCCGUGGCGUGGAGUUUGGGUUGUGUCGGUGGUUUGGGCCAUAGUCACGAAGCAAGGUAAUGGGAUGUUAACCAUCUUCUAUUUAUUAGCCAACAAGAAGUUGAAUUGCGUAAGCGAAUUAUAAUUUGACACGUUUAGUACAACGCUUCAUCACUCGAGCAACAAGAACAACUAGAACUACUC